CUACUAGACCACCGGUAAGGCCUCCACCACCUCCUCCUCCCCCUCCUCCAACAAGACCGCCGGUAAGACCGCCUCCUCCGACACGACCGCCAGUGAGACCACCCCCACCAACAAGGCCUCCAGUUGGCCCACCACCUGAAGAAGACUGCGUUUCUGAAGGGCCACCACAGAAGGUUCCUAGACCAGACAGGCCAAGACCGGAUGGAUCUAUGCCUCCAUGUGCAUUAGACGGAAGGAACUUUUGUAUCCUUACUGACGACUAUCCCGCAGAUUUCGUGAACAGAGUGGUGGAUAAGAGUAUGAGUAAAGUCCGUAUAAUGUACGAAGAGCUGCAAACGGUUGGUGAUCCGGAACUCUUCAAGGACCAAUACGGGGACAGUCCUGCUGCCCGUGGUAGCUUCGCUUGUGAAACCGAAGCCAACAUUAUGAGACCAGGUUGGGCCCAGGAAAGCGUCUCUGGAGACUGGAUGGUUAUCAUUAACACCGAUCUCUUCCCCCAGAAAGUCAGGACAGAAAGUUGUAGGCGUCCCAACGAGCCUUGCUCUUUCAUAUCUCCGUUCUAUGACUCAACGUGCCAACAAAGAUACAGUUUGCAUCGUCUGCUUGCUGUGUACCCUCACGACCCCAACCGUAGCCCCGUUGUUGCGCUCUUCAAGUUCCCAGCUGGAUGUUCUUGCCGAGUGGAUCCCAUUCGAAAGAAUGACAUCGAACAGAGGAAAAUCAAACGAUAAAAAAUAGAAAUAAGCAAUCAGAUAAGUGAAUUGCAUGGAACUUAAUACAAAUGAAGCAGGAAUAGUGGCAAAGACGAACACAUUUGGAAAAGACUCUUAGUUUUUGAAAGGUGCUAAUCGUUGAGUAACGGACUAAUAACCAUUUCACUGUCCUUUACACAGAGAUUUUGUUGGAAGAAUAGACUUUUUAACCUGUAAAUACAACUACGAGCUUCCAUUAUCAGAAGAAUUUUAUUAAUAGAAAUGGAGAUUUAAAUACUUUUUGUUUAUAUUUAUCUGUAAAGUACGAUGUCUAAGCUGCCAUAAAAUUAAAUUCAAAUUGCCAAUUAUGAUAAUAAUGAGACCAAGGAUUUUGUAGCAUUUACUUUGUAACUGGUAUUAAAUGAAGACGCUGGUAAGUCAAAAAAUCGACAGGGAACGUACGGGAAACUUUUAUUUGCCCAUUAACAUCAUAUCUUUUAGAAAAUUAUAUAAAUUUUACACAUAUUAAUUAUGACCAUUAUGAUCUCUUUACUAACGCACAUUUAUAUUUCCUUUCGUCUUAGAACAGAAUAAUGAAAUUGUAAAAACAAUUUAAAGUGCUGCAAAUUGUCUAAAAGCAAAAGAUUAGUAUAAAUUAUUUUCAUAUCAGAAUUUAUUACAUUUGUUAUUAAUUUUAUAAUUUCAUAUUAGAGAUUUUGAAAGCAAUUUUUAACAUUUUAUGGCUAUAUUUGUGUUCAUAUUAUACCUUAAAAUUUAAAUGAAUUUAGAAGGACUUUCUUAAAUUAAAAAAAAAAAAAUUCUUCUAACAUUUGACACACUGUAAAGUAUUCUGUCAGUAUUAAAGACAUCUGUCUGUUCAAUAAUGUCAGUAUUACUAUACUUCCACUGAAAGGUAUCUGUCAGUAAUUAUAAUCAGGAGUAAGAAAUAGUAAAGAAAAUGUAUAGAUAAGAAUAAAGAGUUGCAGAAUCUCUUUCUGAAUUGAAAGAGAAUUAACGUCUGUAGAUUGUGCGAGCACAGCAGGAAUCAGUAUUGGAGCUUUCAUUUGUAGAUAUAUAUGAUAGGAACGUUUUGUUAUGUAUGAGUGUCUAUAGAUAUUUAAGUUCAGCAUUAAUAUUGAUUUCUGGUUCUUAAAUAAUGUAAAUACUUCAGAUACUACAGCCUCAAAUAUCAGGUAUUCCAGUCACAUAAAGUGAAAAAUUUGAUAACUGUAAUUUUGAGCAAGGAAUUGUUUUAUCUUUUAUUUAUGUUCUAGGAACAAUUAAAAUCUAAAGCAAUUAAAUUAAGCUUAAAAUAUUUGUAAUAUAAUAAUUACAAUGUUAAGCAUUUUAAAGCUAAUAGAUCGAGAAAAACAAUGUAAAGCAGCAUCUGUUAUCAAAACAAAAGCAUUUACUGUAAAUAAUAUUUUGUGGAAAAUUUGCUAUCGUAAGAAAUAUUCCUCUAUGACUUUUUGUACUUUUCCUUUCAAAAUAAAAGAACUGUUUUUAAGUCUU